AGCUUAGACUCUUCCUCUUUUUAGUCUUUAAUAAUGACCAUCACAGACAAGCCAACCCCCCUCCCAAACAAAGUCGACUUCCUUAUCGUAGGUGGAGGACCAGUAGGUCUCCUGUCAGCAAAUCUCAUCGUCCAAGCAGGAUUUACUGUCCGUAUUCUUGAUAUCGAGGCCGAGCCAAAUCACUGGGGAAGAGGUGACUGGAUUCACGGUAGAACUCUUGAGUUGUUGGAGAGAGCAGGACUGGCCGAUGAGCUGUUAAAGACAGGCGUCAAGGUUGAGAAGAUGGCAACCUACAUGAAUGGAACCAUUCAGUCUACUAUGCCUUUUGUUCCUGACCAGGUCGAAUCUAAGCAUCAAUACUUGCUAUGUGUUGGUCAGCACAUCACAGAAUCCAGCCUUCAGAGCAUCCUAUCGCUCAACGAUGUUCAAGUCGAGCGUCCCUCUACUGUAGUGAAGAUGGAAAAGUGUCCAGACAGCAUCUAUCCAAUCAAGGCUACAGUGAUGAACAUGCAGGGUGAAACUUCAACCGAGGAGAUCGAAUGCAAGUAUUUGUUGGGUUGUGAUGGUGCACACAGUGAUAUUCGUCAACAGUUGGGUAUCGCCAACGAAGGUGAAACAACCGAGACCCAUGCAGGUGUAUUGGAUGCCCUGGUCAGAACCAACUUUACUGGUCGCCGUGAUGUUUGUAUUCUUCAGAGUGACCACGCAAAGACCAUCAGUUUGUUCCCACGUGAAAACGGUCUCACCCGAAUCUUUGUACACUUUAACGAGAACGAGCAUGAUUUGCGUAAAGAGCAGCACAACCGCAACAAGAUCCAACUUGAAGACAUCCAGCGCGAAGCCAAGCGUGCCCUUUUACCUCAUCGUAUCGAAUUCCUUGGUAUACUUUACUGGACUGUGUAUGUAGUCGGACAGCGCCAGGCAGCAACCAUGGACUCUCACGACAACAGAGUAUUCUUGUGUGGAGAUGCGGCCCACUCACAGAGCCCGACCCUGGGUCAGGGUGUCAACACCGGCUUUGGUGAUGUAUUCAACUUGAUUUGGAAGUUGUGUCUGGUAGAGCGUGGGCAAAUUAAACCUGAAGUGUUGUCUACAUACACUGCCGAACGCCACCCAAUUGCUUCCAAAGUUCUGUCGAUUGACAAGACUGCAGCAAAGGCAGCAGCUGGACACAAGUCAGAGGACUAUUGCAUGGCCGUACAGGAGAACAGAUCAUUUACCACAGGAUUUGGUAUCCAAUACACUAACUUGGUCAACACUGAUCCCCUGGUGUGGAAUUCGGAUUGUGAAAAUACGCGGUAUGUGAUGCAGGCCGGUAUGCGUGCACCUCAUUACAAAGUCGUCCAGUUCUCCUCUGGCCGCAAAGUACGUCUGUUCGAAGCCCACACAGAAUCAACUCCCGACUGGCUGUCGUUCACAAUCUUGGUUCUUGCAAAUGAUCUCAAGAAGACCUCUGAAGAGAUCAAGCCAUUCUUGGCAUGGCACAACAACCACCAGACCAGUCUUACGACACGUCUUAUGGUCGUAACUACCAGCACAGCCGACACGGUGGCUGCCUAUGAUCUGGGUAUUCAACCCGAAUUAAUUAUGCUAGAUAAACUCAACCGCGCCCAAUGCCACACUGGUUACCACCAAAAGACCGAACUCCAGGCAGAGAACUCGGAUGAUAUUAUAGUAUCUAUUGUACGUCCAGACGGAUACAUUGGUACCCUUCUCAGAGGUACUUCUGGUGAAGCCUUGGGUAAAUUAGCACAGGCCUACUUUGACAGAUUCUGCGUCCUUCAUUAAGCACUCCGUAUUUUCAUUACACUUUCAAGAAAAAUUCCCCUCCCCUCCUCCAAACUCUCCUCCACUCCCAACUCCAACCCCAAUUCCCAACUCCAUUACUUCAUAUCCUCUUUUUCUUUUCCUUUCAUAUGUAUGACUCCCAUUCUGUUUUAGAACGUCCACUCAGUGGACCUAUUCUACGCAUAUAUAUUAUUCCUUUUUCUUUCUUUCUUUUGGCUGGUAGACUAGUAGAUUUUUUUUAUAUAAAUAAAAUUUUUAAAAAAAACAAAGCAAUUUCAUUU